AUGUCCGCUUCUACUGGCCUCUUAUUGAACGGCGUUCUGCCGACCUCUAUGCAACCCGUCAAUGAGGCUUUGGAAUAUGAGAAGAUACUGAGAAUUCGCGACGAGGUAUUUUCUGGAAGUCAUCCUAGAUUGACAGUGCCAGCCCAUGCCCUCCGAGUACCUGCUUCUCAGUCCUCAUCGACCAUCUCUCAGACUCAGUUGAAUGUACCUCCGUUCCCUCCGAGUGCGUCUCCAAAUCGUCUUGGGGCCGCUGUUCAGGCCAAGCGUGAAGAUGAUACAACCCAAGCUCAGACAAGACCAAACGGUGUUCCCGUUGCAACUGCCAGCCAACCUGCCAGUAAUGUUUCUGAAUUUGACCCUGUCCUUUUGACAAAGUCGGAUGAUCUAGUUCGGGCCGAAACUCAGCUGAAGCGACAACGACUUGAGCGGGCUUUGAGAGAACAAUUUGAACAUAGAAAAGCAGAUGCCCGCAAGAAGCCUGCGCCCGCUGAGGCGAAGCCGGACUUUGACCUACCUGCCAUUUUUGCCAGAGUGACGGGUGCUGUCAAAUCUCCAUCUUCCAAGGAAGAUGCCGAUGCUACAGACUCCUUCGACGAGGAUGCCUAUUAUUCUAGCAAAGCCCCUGAUUCGACGCCAGAGAGACCUCCUAGCGACUCUGCUGAGGACGCUGAUGAGGAGCAGGCCGACGAGCCUUUAGGCCCACGCGUUGUGAGCGCCGUUAUGGGUGCUCCACUGUACGCCGACACUGGUGAUGGUAUCUCCGCCGAUGUCGCGCCACCUGUGCCCACCGCCAUCGAACCGCCAAAGCCUCCACGAACCAUCGAUACUUCUGCAAUGGACAUUGAGGAGGAUGAAGAGGAAGGAGAGUAUUCGCCCCCAGAAGCCAUGGCGCAAUAUCCCACACCCAAGGUCACUCAAGCACAGGAAAUGCAAGACAGUAGAGACCCACGCGGUCGUCCCCUGCGCAGAUACUCGGAACUGGAAGACAAUGGGGGAAGGCCCGUCUCACCCUCGGAAGCCAACAUGCGGAUAGUAAGAAACCAUAUCACCUCUCCCAUUUGCCCUCAACCGUCCCGUGUCUCGCCUCUGGCUAUAACUAAGGAUUCUCCCCUUUUACAGAAUGCACGUCCGCGCCGGAAACAAUGGAUUGGCAGACCAGGAUCUCCCCCAAGUCCUGAUGAUAACCAAGCAUUGCCACCCAAGAAAAAGAGAAAAAUUGAGGCUCGCAAUGCCCGCAAAGCCCGAAGAAAUGGGGGAACAUCUCCAGACGCUCUUAUAAAGGAAGAAGACGUUUCACCCCCGCCAUUCCACGAUGUCCAGCCACUUGGUUCCGGCCGAUUCCGCCCCAGCAGAGCGGAUCGGCCAAUUGUCAUUGAUGAGGAACCAGUCCAAGAAGGACGUUACAUGCCCGCUCCUGAACGGUAUGUGGAAUCUCCCUCGCGACCACUUCCGCGUCGGGUUGAACAGUUGAUGCCCUUGAGUGAGCCUCGCCCGUUGUCCAGGUCCAGUGUGAGACCAGCCAGAGAUGAGCAGGACUUGCGCCGAGUGGCAAGUAUGCACAGUCUGCGAGCAGAGCAGCCUCGCGAAUACGUCGACCAAUACUAUGAAUCGCCUACUCGUGCACGAGCCAUGUCUUACGCCAGGGUGGAAAGUCCUGCCAUGAUGGAACCAGCUCGUCCCCUACGUGGAGUGGUUCCAGUCGAGUACGACCAGCCUGUUCCGGAGAUGAGAGUGAUGCGCACACCUGCACCCGUCUAUCGCGAAGUCUACGACGAUCGGGACGGGACUUAUCAUCGCUACGCUGUCGAGCCUAUACCACCACCGCCACCCCCUCCCGUUGAACGAAUUGUCAUCGACCAAUACGGCAGGAGGUUCCGCGAAAUCAUCCAGGAGCGGCCAUCUGUUGCACCUCGAGCAAUGUCAGUUCGGGCAGCUGAAGCGGACCCACGUUACGAAGAAUAUCCUCGUCAAGCCCGGGCAGGGUCAGUCUUCGUAGAAGCGGCGCCGGACAGAGCCUAUGCUUCCGAAAUGCCUCCACCAGUCUCAUAUCACCGUCUGGCAGAGCCACCCAGAAGUUCGGCUGCGCCGGGCCCGGUCGCUCGAGAAUACCUUGAUCCAGCGCCCCCAAUGCGAAGCUCUAGCGUCCAGGUGAUGGAUCGCCCAGUGCGACAGACGGUAUACACAGAUGAGCGGACCGAGUUCCGCGAACCUGUUCGGAUGGGAAGCGCUCGGCCACCACCAGCAUUACGAUACGAAGAAGCUCAGCCGAUGGAAGUGGCGACCCGAAAUCAGAGCAUGCGUCCCGUUGGUCGCGAAGGUAGCGUCUUCGUGGACGAUCGGCGGGCUGUUCUACCGGAGUAUGUUCCUGUAGAACAAGCCAGAUACCGGCCCAUGGAGCCAGAGAGGAGGUAUGUCGAUGCUGAAGACAGGGAGAGACUCACCAUGGAUGGAUCAAUGGAUGGCAGACAGAGAGUGAUGGAGAGGUAUUGA